AGAAAUAAAUUUUGUUUUCCUUGUUCAUUUCUUCAUUUCAUUUGUCCAAAUAUUUUUUCUCUGUAUUUGCAGGAAUCACAUCUGCAAGAAGCGAUAAUAGCACAGCAGGCAUGUACGUCAGGAAUUGCUAUUGAAAAUCAUGUUAUACCGACACCAAAGGUAUUUCUUGUUGGCCGACUUUGUUAUGAUUCGAUUUAUCCUGUACAGCCACCACCUUCUAAUAAUCAUUUAAUUAAAGUUCAAGCGUCAUUAACAAUUGAAAAGGAUCAACCAGAAUAUGAUAUUGAUAGUGAAGAUGAAAUUUGGUUAUCUGAUCAUCGAUCAUCGAUAUCAAUUAAUGAUUUCGAGAAAAUGAUGGAAUUAUUAGAAGGUGCUAGCAGCGAUUUACAAAUUUGUCAGCCAAGUGAAGCUCGCGCUCUUCUAAAAGAUUUUGAUGAUGAUCUCAUUGACGAUGUUUAUGAUUAUUGGUUGCAAAAGCGAAAAGAUGUUGCCGCACAGCGAAAUGUGGCAUCUUUAAUACCAAAAAUAAAGACCGAUAGUCGUCGCGACUCGUUAGGGUCGUCAAAUCCUUAUGUAGCAUUUCGAAGACGAGCUGAGAAGAUGCAGACGAGAAAGAAUCGUAAAAAUGAUGAGGAUUCUUACGAAAAAAUCAUGAAACUUGGGCAUGAUCUUUGUAAAGCACUUGUGAUUUUUAACAUGAUAAAGAAAAGGUUGGUUCAAAUAUUGUUUUUUUCUUUGACUUAUUUUCUUAGGGAGCAAGCAAAAACAGCAUUGGUCAAUUUGGAUGAAGCGGUAGCAAAUGCUCGAUCUAGCAUCGAUGAUAUGAAUGGUUCUUAUUACAAUCAAAUUGUAGCGAAAUUGAAAGCAGAACAGAAUCUGCAGAAUGCUGCUGAAAAGGAAACUGAUUCAUCCUCAUUGAGUGAAAUAUCAAAAAGUACCAGCAGUCCUGUACGAUCAAAAAACAAAAAAUGUCGAAAAUAUUUAAACGCCAACUUGCCCAAAGAUGAUGAAAUUGUUAGUCGCGCAUGGCUGAAGAGAAAUAUUGAGUUAUGGAAUCGUCCACCACUUGUUAUUAGUGGUGUUGGCGCUACAUGCUUUCAAUUACCGGGCUCAAAAGUUGGCGUAGAUAGAAAUGCUGCUACUUCAUCUGACUCUGCGGCUGAUGGACGCUAUGCGUUCAAACGUCGACGUGGAUGUAUGUAUCGCGAAAGUUUACCUUCAUGGAUUUCUAGAAAAUAUGCUCAUAACAGGAGAACAGGUUCAGAACGGGCAUUACAUAAUGACCUCGUUGAGCAUACAGGUAGUGAUCGAUCUCGGACCUCGUUAUCGGGUAUUUAUAAAAAAUCUGCUAAGAUUGUACAAGAUUUAUCGUUAAACUUUUAUCAAACCUCUUUACCAUUAAGUAUAUUUGGUGGAAUACAACGUAUUGGCUAUGCUCGACGAAGGCUUGGCCGCGGUGGAAGGAUAAUAUAUGACCAUGUGGUUGAUCCAUGUCCUUCUACAUCACAAUGUACGGCCGAUGAACUUUUAUAUGCUGAUUACGCGGGUAUUCUCAAUAACUCAAGGUCAUAUCAGCCAGCAGUUGUUGAAACGAUAAAUGAUGAUAUGGAAACAUCAACUGAUUCUGAUGAUAACGAAAGGGUAGACCCGCAGUCCUCAUCAGUAAUCAGAAGUUCAUUGCAGAAUUGUUUCUCACAUGAAAAGUUACCAUCCUCUUUCGAACAGAAGACAAGGAAUGAUAGAAUUGUACAAAAUCAAAUGUAUAAUCAAGAAUUACGGUUAACGACUGACAACGAUGUGCAGUCAUCAAUGUUGGGUACUUAUCGAAAGGCUAAUGGUUUUUAUGCAAACACCAGGAAUAGUCUAUCAAGUGUGAAUGGAUCUUUAACUUCAUCGGUUGAUUCGUAUCAACUAGUUAAUAAUACGGAAACAGUUCUCACAACACCCGCAAAUGGUCAGUUAGUUGUCACAGCAUGCAGUUUGACCGGUGGCACUGUAUUUCAAUCACCAUCAUCAUUCGUUCCGAUUGCUACCUCUACACACGUAAUACCAUCUCAGCAAUCAGGCCCUCAAGCGCUAAGCAGUUCUCGUCGAGUCAACUAUCUGGAGAAUCGUGUUUUGGAUUCGUCGAUGCUAACGAAUCGAUUUCCAGUCACAAAUCCUUAUGGAUCAUCUAAUCAAGAAUCGGUUGCAUAUUCAUUACCUAGAUCAUCUGAGGCGAUGUAUGUUUCGAAAAAUAUUGAAACACCUCAAACGCCUUAUAAUCCUGCAUUUCGAACUACUCUGCCGGCACAUCGUUCACCGGUUGACGCUAUCGCAAAACGUAUGGAACAUGUUGAGUUAUCUCAACAACAACAACAGUCAUCUAUGGGGCCGUCACAAGAGAAUGUUUAUAUUUGUCGGCCUGCUGAUAGGUCGUUGGUAAAUGGUGCUAAACGGCAGAAAGUGUCAAAUUGUAUCCCACAGUUAACAAUUUCCAAGGUUAUGGACGCUAAGACGAAUGGCGAUUCGCUGUUGACACUUGGUUCUUAUGAUACUAAACGACUUGAAUUAGCCAUUGUGGGCAGCGGAACUCGAAUAAAGCCACCACCAUCAUUUGCUUCUACUCUCCAACAGACAACAGUUCUUCCAUCGGUGUCGUCAUCACUAGCCAAUUUGCCAGAAAAAACUCCACAACUAAGUCAUUUAUUAAAAGUCUCAGUAUCAAAAAUGCGAAACGGAGUAACCGUACCAACGUUUAGUACAUCAAGAACAACUCCGGGAAAUGUCACUGAAUAUCACUCUUCAAUUAUUUCUGCUCCUAUUUCCAGUAAUAGUCAUUUCGACAUUAACAAUGCGAAAACAAUGCAACCGAUUGCAGUCGGUGAUCUAGAUAUGCCUGUGACAACGAUAUCAACGAUAGCGAAGACUGCAUCAGUUGUAACACAUGUUACUCCAAUAAGAUCUGAAGCAAAACUAUUGAAUGCAUUGCCAGUUAAUGUGAUUUCAUCGCCGUUAACACUAACUACAACAACACCAACGACAACAGUUAGGUGCAGUUACGACUGUGCAACAACAGCAGUAAGCAAAUCAUCAAUACAGCAAUAUAUGGUAGCAGCGCCUGUGCCGCGAACUACUAGUAUGUCAGCGAUACAGCAACGGGUAAAUUCCGAUAUACGAACAUGUCGUAAAGCUGCUGCAUCAGCUCCACUUUCUGUGAUCGAAGCAACAUCAAAUAAUGGUGGAGAUAAUGGUGGUAAUAAUAUCCAUAUUAAUAAUAAUGAAGGAUUAUUAAAUCAGUAUUCGAAAACAAAUGAAGAUGAGAAACAGUGUUUAGCAGAUGGAUAUUGUUAUACUGCGUCCCGAUAG